AUAUAUACUCAUUUUAUUUCUAUCUAUUUAAUUCAUAAAAAGAAUACAUUAUACGUAUGAGUUCUGGCAAUCUGAUUAGAUGCAUCACAUAUCAUGUUAUAUGAGAUAAUGCUCAUUUGGGAGGUAAAAAUGAAGAGUUUUUUUUUAAGAAACAGUUGAAAAAUGGUUUAAAAUCUAUGAUAUUUAAUAGAUAAAAGGUUGUGCCCCUAAAGUGGCCAUGCCAUAUAACCAGCUAAGAGCCUAUGAUUCACAAAAACUACAUUAUCUAGCCACAGCCCAAGUAAGAAAUGAAUACAACCCAGAAAAAAGGGCAGAUUCCGCAAGCCAACUCAGCCGAGGCCAUCUUUUGUAAUUUAGGUUACCAAACAUGUCCCCUUUUUUAACGUUAACACCUUAAAUGAAAUCUUUACAUUCGCACGACAACACGCAAGAAGGAAAAAGAAAAAGACAGGAGAACAGUGUGAACCUCUUCCAUUAUUCUCUAAUAGCCUGAUCUGCACAUUAUCUUCCUCUCUCUAAAGGGUCAACCUUUUGCCUUGAAGAGACAGAGAGGGGGAGAUAGGUUUUGUUUGAAACAAAAGAAAAAAAAAAAAAGGGAAUAUAAGAUACUUUGAUUAUGGGUGGUGGGAAGAGAUUUGCUGUUCUUCUCUGUGCUGAGGAUUCUGAUUAUAUUAAAAAGAGAUAUGGAGGGUAUUAUGGGGUUUUCGUGGAAAUGCUGGCGGAGGAAGGGGAGACCUGGGAUGUGUUCAGGGUGGCCAAUGGUGAGUUCCCUGAUGAUAAAGAGAUUGGUGACUUUGAUGGCUUUGUUAUAACCGGGAGUUGCAAUGAUGCACAUGGCAAUGACGUUUGGAUUUGUAGGUUGAUUGCUCUCUUGAACAAGUUGGAUUCAUUGAAGAAAAAAGUUCUUGGGAUUUGCUUUGGUCAUCAGAUUCUUAGUCGUGCACUGGGAGGAAAGACCGGGCGUGCCAUCUCAGGUUGGGACAUUGGAAUCAGAGCCAUCCAUUUCUCAUCAUCUUCAUCAAAGCUCUUCUCAUCUCUGAAAAUCCCAACCACUCUUUCCUUGAUCGAGUGCCACAGAGAUGAGGUUCGAGAACUUCCACCAAAAGCAGAGGUGAUAGCACGGUCUGAAAAGACUGGGGUCGAGAUGUUUAGAUAUGCAGAUCAUAUGAUGGGCAUCCAAGGCCACCCUGAGUACACCAAUGACAUUCUGCUUCAUCUGAUCGACCGUCUUAUGAUGCGCGGUUUUAUUGCGGAUUCGUAUGCUGAUGAGUUGAAGGCAAACCUGGGGAAAGUGGAGCCUGAUAAGGAUGCAUGGAAGAAACUGUGCACCAGCUUCCUCAAGGGUAGAUUAUAAUGAAAAUUUUCUUUAUUGGAAAUUGUCCAAAAAAAUAAAAAGAAAACGUUAAUAUGAACCCCAUUUAGCAAGUUGAAAUUUGAAACAAGCUCAGUGAGGUAGGUCACAGGCUAAGAAAACAGAAAGUUGCAUUUAAGCAUGUAAAAGCUGUUCUUAGGUAAGGAUUUUGAUGUGGUCUUCUCCGGGUUAACGAAAGAUUGGCAGCUUUUUCUUAACAAUUUCGAUCCCCUCCAUAAUAAACUUAAGAUUGGCACCAGCUGUAUCAAAUUCAUGACCUCCAUCUACAAGCCAAGGAGGCAUUUGUAAAACACGCUUAAAAUUCAUCUCAAUCCGGCCCAAUAACGCUUCCUCCAAACCUCCGUGUGUGCUGACAUAUUCCAAAAUCCCCUUCCACAUGGCGAACUUAAUUUCUCAACCAUAACAAACAACCAAACAAAAAGUUGAAAAGAGGAAUCAAGGGCAAAGUGAAGGGUA